AUGGCGAAGCUACCGCAGGCAGCGACGCUCCCCAUCAUCGUGCUGCCACGCGGCACCGUGUUGCUGCCCAGAGUUGUUCAACGCAUUGCCGUGUCGCCUAAUCGCCCUGAUGUGGCCGAGCUGCUUGCGAACGUUUACACGCGGGCUGCGUCCUCGACACCGAAUGGCCGUAUCGACGCUGUGCCCAUCGCGUGCUUCCCUCUGGCCUCACCGUAUCUUAGCCCUAAUGGCAAGCUUCUGAUCAAGGAUAAGAACGGAGACAGAACUUUCGACAAUGCUGAGGGCCCCGAGGUGAAUCCAGCUAAGGCCACCAGGGCCGACCUCUUCGGCUAUGGUGUUGCUGCGAAGAUUCUGGGUGUGGAGGGCCGCGGGACUGGAGAGUUUGCUCUGAUUGUCGAGGGUAUUUCCCGUGUCCGGCUGGACAAGACCUAUCACGACAAGCCUUUCCUGCAGGCCAAGGUCAUCCAUUGCCCUGACACGGUCGACCGUCUCGAUGCGGCUUUUGAGGAUCUCUUCCAGCAGCUGAAGUCCCUGUCUAGAGAACUGGUUGCCAUUCUUCGGCUGUCGUCGAUUCUGCCCCGCACUCAAGGCACUCCCAGCUUGUCCCCAUUACUCGCCCGCCGCCUUGAUUUGUUCAUCAUGAAGCAACACCACCCCGGCGCCCUGGCCGACUUCAUGGCCAACGUAGUGGAGUGCUCGUUCGAGGAGAGGCUGCAAGUCUUGGCCUUAGUCGAUGUCAGGGAGCGCGUUUCCAAAGUGAUCGAGCUCCUGGAUCGCCAGGUGGACAAUAUGAAGAAUAACCUGAAAAUCACCUCCAUCACGUCCACGACGACCACCUUUCCCUUUCCAGAUUCGGACUCGCCUACUAAGGAUAUCGACAAGAUCUGGAAGCCGGAGAAGCCAAAGGUUACCAUUAAGGUUGACACUUCGGGCGCGCCGGUUCCUUUCUCCGGUGUCAACAACCGGUCACAUGGGAAAUGGGAUGAUCAAAAGGACUCGGAUCCCAACGAGAUCGAUGAACUCGAGAAGAGGCUGGAAGCCGCGAAACUGUCUCCCGAGGCUGCUAAGGUUGCCGAGAGAGAGCUCAAGCGCCUCAAGAAGAUUCAUCCCGCCCAGGCAGAGUACAUAGUGAUUCGCACCUAUCUCGAGACGCUAGCCGAGAUCCCUUGGACAGUCACCACGGAAGAUCGCCUUGGCCCUCACACAUUGAGCAGAGCCCGUAAACAGCUUGACGAUGAUCAUUACGGGCUCGACAAAGUUAAAAAGCGGCUGCUUGAGUAUCUCGCUGUCCUCCGGUUGAAGCAAUCCAUCAAUGACGAGGUGGAUGCGGAAAUCAAAAAGGCACAAGAGGAGCUCGGUGAGAUGGAGAUGAGCAGAGAACGCGACGCUGAUGUCGAGAAUGCGACGGACAACGCUACGUCGGAGCCCAGCUUGGAAGAAAAGAUCAAGGCUGGCAAUGCUAAGCUGGAGCUUCUUCGAAGCAAGCGCAUGUCCGACAGGUCUCCUAUCCUCCUGCUUGUUGGUCCUCCAGGCGUCGGCAAGACGAGUCUCGCAAGGUCGGUUGCCAUGGCUCUGGGGAGGAAAUUCCACCGCAUCUCUUUGGGCGGUGUUCGGGACGAAGCCGAGAUUCGCGGCCACCGUCGCACUUACGUUGCUGCCAUGCCGGGACUCAUUGUCCAGGGCCUUAAGAAAGUAGGUGUGGUGAACCCUGUCUUUUUGCUGGACGAGAUCGAUAAGGUGGGCGGUUCAAGCAUCCACGGCGACCCGUCGGCAGCUCUUUUGGAGGUUCUUGACCCAGAGCAAAAUUACAACUUCACCGACCACUACGUCAAUAUCCCGAUCGACCUCAGCAAAGUUCUCUUUAUUGCUACGGCAAACAAUCUCGAGACCAUUCCCGCUCCACUCCUUGACCGUAUGGAAACCAUCUACAUCCCUGGCUACACUACUCUAGAGAAGCGGCACAUCGCCAUGCAGCACUUGAUCCCGAAGCAGAUCCGCCUCAAUGGACUGUCUCCGAACCAGGUCGUUUUUACAGAAGAGGUUGUUACCAAGAUUAUCGAGUCCUACACUCGUGAGGCAGGCGUCCGCAAUCUGGAACGUGAGAUCUCCUCGGUGCUUCGGGGAAAGGCUGUCGAGUAUGCUGAUGCCAAAGACGCCGGCCGUCUCGAAACAUAUAAUCCCCGCCUGACACUUGAAGACUUGGAGCGCUUCUUGGGCAUCGAGAAGUUUGAGAGCGAGAUUGCCGAGAAGACGGCUCGACCAGGUAUCGUCACUGGACUGGCAUACGUUGGGGGAGGUGGUAGCGGUAGCAUCCUAUUCAUCGAGGUCGCCGAUAUGCCCGGCUCUGGAACUGUGCAAUUGACCGGCAAGCUGGGUGAUGUUCUAAAGGAAAGUUGCGAAGUGGCCCUGUCUUGGGUGAAGGCCCAUGCCUUCGAACUUGGCUUGACGAAUAGCUCGAACGACAACAUCAUGAAGGAUCGUAGCAUCCAUGUUCAUUGUCCUGCAGGGGCUAUUCCUAAAGAUGGCCCCAGCAGCGGCAUCGCACAGGUCAUCGCGCUCGUUUCUUUAUUCUCCGGUCGACCUGUUCCUCCCACCAUGGCAAUGACUGGCGAGAUUUCUCUGCGUGGACGGGUCACAGCUGUCGGAGGAAUCAAGGAAAAGCUCAUCGGAGCUCUCCGUGCCGGUGUUAAGACGGUUCUGCUACCAGCGCAAAACCGCAAGGACGUCAGGGAUCUUCCCGACGAGGUCAAAAACGGCCUUAAUAUUAUCUAUGUUGACCAUAUCUGGGACGCGAUUCGCCAUGUGUGGCCUGACGGUCAGUGGCCUAGAGAGGACACUCAUCCUGGCAUUCAGAGCAGACUUUGA